AUGCGUGUCGGUUUCUUUACCGUACUUUUUGCCUCUGCCGCUCUCUUAGUGUCCGCCACACCACUCCCCAGGGAUCGAUAUGCUGCACACCGUGCGGCCCAAGGGCAACACCAAGCACUGGCAAACUAUCAUCUAAACCAGGCAACAGACCACCUGAAUCAUGCAACUACGCAUGAUAAUCAUGCCACCGCGGCAGAACAGAGUGGUAACCACCAGGCCGCUGCACAUCACGUGGCUCAAUAUAAUUACCAUAUGGGACAAGUAGACCAUCAUACAGAUCUUCAUCAACACCACCAGAAUCAGGCCGACUGGCAUGGCGCACAGAUUCCCCCUGGUCACCGUAGGAGCAUAGACGAGUUGGAUUAG